CGGGCGGCGGCGCGAGCUCGCCUCCGGUUUUCCGCUCCGCGGCUGACGUGACGGGGUGACGGAAGACGCGCUACGUAGAGCCGGGCCCCGCCUCUCCUGCGAGGGUCGGCGAGGGAAAGCCGGCUUGCUGCCUCCGACCGAGGACGGGUUGCCACGGCCUGAAGGGAGGCCGAGGCGUGCGCUGCGCCCGCCCGGGAGUGCGACCGAGAGGGGGGUCGAUCGUGGGCGAGAACUCCCGAAACUGGGAGGAUGCUGGUGGUGGAGGUUGCUAAUGGCCGCUCGCUGGUGUGGGGAGCUGAGGCGGUGCAGGCGCUGCGGGAGCGCCUGGGAGUCGGGGGCCGCACGGUGGGAGCCCUGCCCCGCGGGCCCCGCCAGAACUCGCGCCUGGGCCUCCCGCUUCUGCUGCUACCCGAGGAAGCCCGGCUCCUGGCCGAGAUUGGUGCCGUGACGCUGGUCAGCGCCCCGCGCCCGGAUCCCCGCAACCAUGGCUUGGCCUUAGCAUCGUUCAAACGGCAGCAAGAGCAGAGCUUCCAGGAGCAGAGCACUUUGGCAGCCGAGGCCCGUGAGACCCGGCGUCAGGAGCUCCUAGAGAAGAUCGUAGAGGGCCAGGCUGCCAAGAAGCAGAAGCUGGAGCAGGAUGCAGGGGCAGAUGAAGGCCAAGAAGCCGGUGGAAGCGAAGCCUCCCAAGGGAGUGAGACCAGUGAUGCUGGCCGAAGCGAAGCCACCCAAGGGAGUGAGACCAGUGAUGCUAGCCCGGCUACUGCGGAGCCGGAGGGAGCAGGUGAAGACUCGUCAUCUCCCCCAGAGUCUUCAUCUCCCCAGCCAGGGCCUUCAAACGGGGUGACCCCCUUGCCCAGGUCAGCCCUGCUCAUCCAGCUGGCCACCGCCAGGCCUCGGCCUGUAAAGGCUAAGCCUCUGGAUUGGCGUGUGCAGUCCAAAGACUGGCCCCAUGCUGGCCGCCCUGCCCACGAGCUUCGCUACAGCAUCUACCGAGACCUGUGGGAGAGAGGCUUCUUCCUCAGCGCGGCUGGGAAGUUUGGGGGUGACUUCCUGGUCUAUCCUGGUGACCCUCUGCGUUUCCAUGCUCACUACAUUGCUCAGUGCUGGGCUGCCGAAGACCCCAUCCCACUUCAGGACCUGGUCUCUGCCGGCCGCCUGGGAACCAGUGUCAGAAAGACCCUGCUUCUCUGCUCCCCACAGCCUGACGGGAAGGUGGUCUACACCUCCCUGCAGUGGGCCAGCCUACAGUGAGCCGGAGAGUGAGGGGGUGUGGCUGUGGGCCCUAAGAACCUCCUGGAUGGUCACCCCAGCUUGUCUCCACAUGAAGGCUUGUGUCUCCCGCCCUGCCUGAAUCCAGAGUUUUGAACACUACAUUCUUUCUAGUUUCUCCCCCCCCACCCCGUUUUAAGGCACUUCCUGGCUGUGUUGUUUUGUAUUUCUGUUUCCAAACUGUGAGCUUGUUCAGAGUUGAGACUGCUCUUAUUUUAUUUGGCUUUUCUGUUUUCUACUGGGCAGUUCUCAAUAAAUUUGCUGAAUAAAUGUUUGUAUUUUGAGUCCUGA